UCAGCCCGUGACGUCACGAGUUAGGAUGAAUUUUCAGGAAAAUUCUAAAGGCAGCUGGUGUAAAAGAGUGCGGUUAGUCACGGUAGAUGUUGGCGUAGCGAAGUGCGGGUAAUGUGUUACUGGUUUUAUUUAAAACUUUUCUGAUCUUUUUUUCAUAUUAAUUUUAAUUUAUUGUAAUAAAGAUGCCUAGUGCGUGCUGUGUUCCUAAUUGUAAAAGUAAUUACACGAAAAAUAGCCCCAAUAUUUCAGUAUUUUCGUUUCCAAAAGAUGAAAACACUAGAAGAGCAUGGAUCUCUGCAAUAAAGCGGGACAAUUUCGUGCCAACUAAAUAUAGUAAGGUCUGUGCUAAACAUUUUCCAGAAAAUCAGUUUUUAACUGUUAGAGAAGCGUUUAAUACCAGUACAGGAGAACUUAUUCAAGUACCAAUGGAGUAUAAAAGGCUUGUACCUGGUGCUGUACCUUCCAUUUUCCCUAAUUUACCCUCAUAUUUUUCCUCGGAAUCAAAAGCAAGAAGAGAAACUCCAAUGGAUAGGGCAACACGUAAGGAUAUGGAGAACUUAAAAGCAGCUUUAAAUAGCAGUCUCCAGGACAUAGCAAAAAAAGAGGAGUUAGAAAAAAUCAACACUUUUUCUGAUUUAAUUUUAAAAUUUAAAAACUUUGAAUCAAAUAUAUGGAGUGUAAUUCAAAAAGCAAACGAAAUAAUUUUUAUUUGUCUAGACACUUCUCAAGCUCCUAAGGUAAGUCAUUCUUUAUUAAUUUCUUCCAAAUUAGAAGCCCAUGCAUAUGUUGCAGAUCAUGAGGUUAGAAGUUUAGGCAAUUUUUCUUUUCCAUUAGUCAUAAGUAAAUCAGGUACAAUUAUAGAAAUUCUAGAUCAUUUAGAAAAUUUUAUGUAUGAGUUAAAAGGGAAAAUUGAAGUAAAAGAUACAGUCCAGUUAAUAUGCAACUUAUUAAAGGCCCUUUCGGAAAAUUCUGAAGUUAGCUCGCAAGCAAUUAAUUUUUUGAUGGAGCAAGUUUCUUUUCUUAUAAAUAAUAAAUAUGCACGCAGAUAUUCAUCUGAUAUAAUGAUAUUUUCAUCUUUACUGUAUACUAUAGCACCAUCUGCAUAUAAAUUCCUAAGACAAAGUGGAUAUUUGGUUCUGCCUCAUCCAAAUACUAUAAAUCAUCUGUGUUCAAAGUAUAAUAAAUUUAAAUAUUUGCAGGAGAAAGAUAAAAUUGUGACUUUAUUGCUAGAUGAAGUUCACAUAAAAGAAUAUUUUGAGUAUAAAGGGGGUUGUGUAACGGGCAUGUCGUGUGAUUCUGAAGCUUCUGCUUCUAGUGCCCAAGUUUUUAUGGUCAAAAGCAUUGCAUCCCAGUAUAAAGAUGUUGUUCAUGUUCUGCCAGUGCAUUCCAUAUCAGGGGAAAUUUUGCAUGAAUUUAUUAAGAAAAUCAUUAUUGGAUUGGAAGGUAUUGGGUUUACAGUUAUUGGUAUUAUUACUGACAAUAAUUCAGUUAAUAGGAAAGCUGUUGGACUUUUUAUUGAUCCGCCAGAAUUAUCUUAUUGUUAUUCUCAUCCAGUUAAUAAACAAAGACCACUGUUCUAUGUUGUAGACCCUGUUCAUUUGUUCAAGUGUAUGAGAAACAAUUGGUUAAAUCAAAAAAAUGAUGGGAAAUGUUUCUUCUAUCCUAAUUUUGAUUUGGUUCCUGAGGUAAAAGAUAUAGCUAACUUUAAAACAGCUCGAUUUUCAACUAUAAGAGAUUUGUACAACUUAGAAUCGGAUAGCUUAGUUAAAUAUGGUUUUAAAUUAAGUCUUAAAGCACUUGCUCCAUCAAACAUGGAAAGGCAAAACGUUCAGUUGGUUUUGAGUAUUUUUAAUGAACAUGUUGCAGAAGCUCUUGUUGAAUUAGGAGAAAGGAAAAAUUUAAUCUAUUCUAAGGAUACGUCUGAGUUUUUAAAAAUCAUUAUUACAUGGUGGCAAAUUGUUAAUGUUAAAACACCGAAUAAAGGUAAACGCUUAAACAAUAGGUAUCAGGAGCCAUUCACUUUUGAUAAAAAGGACAUUAAGAUAUUAUUUUUAGAGAAAUUUUUAAAAUGGCUUGAUAAUUGGGAAGACAUGAAAUUUAAUACUGGGACAUUUACAAAAGAAACAAGGACUGCUUUAGUUUUAACUACCAAAGCUUUAAUAGAAAUUUCAUCUUAUUGUAAAGAUAAUUUUAAAAUGAGUUAUAUUCUCCCUGGCAAGCUUCAAACAGAUGACUUGGAAAGUAGGUUUGGCUGUUAUCGCAGAUUAGCAGGUUGCCAAUACAAUAUUUCAACACAGCAACUCUUUGAAUGUGAAAAAAAAUUAAGAAUUCAGUCUUUGUUGAAACUGUCCGUUCCCAGCAAAUCUUUCGGCACCUUUAAAAUUACAAAUUUUGAAACAGAUGAUAUCUUUCCGGAUUAUGAUCCAAGCUCUUCAAUUGCUUUCAUCGACCUUAAAGUAGAACCAACAGACAUUUUGAAUUUGCAAGAAAGCCUUCCUGUUUUGAUGUAUCUUGCAGGGUAUUGUAUUUUUUCUGUUUUAAAAAAAUCUAAGUGUACUGCCUGCAAAUAUUUACAUCAGUUAGAUAAAGAGAUAGAAUUAUCCCCAGAACAUGAAUAUUUAAAAAAUUUGGAUAGGGGCAAACUUUCUUUCCCGCAAGAACAUAUUUUAAAUGCAGUGCUCUAUAAUUUUACAGUAUUUAAAAAAAUAUGCGACGAAUAUGAGUCUGAAUUCCUAAAACUUCGCGAUCAAAGAAAAAUAGUUUCUUGCCUUACAUAUUCUAUUCUUGAAGAAAAUGAAUUCUGUGAUAGUGGAGCAUGUGAUGAAGGUCAUCAGUUUAAUUCCAUUAUCUGGAAAGUUGUUUGGUGCUCCACAAAUAUAUUUUUAAAUAAUUAUGUUAAGAAAAAAAAUGAUAAUUUAGCUAAAGCUUUAGCUCAGAAAAAAAACCUAGCUGUAAAGAAAAGGUACAUUCAGACUUUUAUGACCAACUUCAGCAAAAAGGCCGCAGGUUUGACGGCAUCACCCACCACGAAGUCCAACAAGGGAAGGCAUCCCCCGGCUCUGGAUAUUAUCAACCUCAGCGUUUACCUCAGUGCUAACCGGAACCUAUAUGCUCAGUCACCCCUGGGGACAAUGACCCCUAUGCUUGAUCCCUAG